AUGAGGCUGACCUCGUUCUUCCUGGCCGCCGUGCCAUUGCUGUCUGCCGUGCAAGCCCUGCACUUCUACUUUGAGUCGAAUGAGAAGCGGUGUUUUAUCGAGGAGCUGCCGUCGGACACGAUUGUCGAGGGACACUACCGCGCGCUCCUAUGGGACGAGGCGACCAAGCAGUGGACGGUGAACACCCAACUCGGGAUCACCGUAAACGUCGAGGACAUGGAGUCUGGAAAUACGGUCGUCAACACCCCUGGACCCAACGCUGGUCGCUUCACUUUCGCCUCGUCUGACGCCGCCGACCACAAUAUCUGCGUCCAAUCGAACUUGGCAGGCGGGUGGAUGUCGGGGACAGAGCAUAUCAAGAUGUACCUCGACAUUACCGUUGGUUCUUCGAAGCAUGAUUCGUCCGGCGACAAACAGCACGCCGACACACUCGCUUCCAAGCUCCAGGAUCUGAACCAAAAGGUCCUCGACAUCCAGCGCGAGCAGCGAUACAUGCGCGAGGUGGAGGCGACGUUCCGCGACGCGAGUGAGACGACAAACAGCAAGGCCGUGUGGUUUGUCAUUAUGCAGAUCUGCAUCCUCCUCGCGGCGGGGGUGUGGCAGAUGCGCCACCUCAAGGUCUAUUUCGAGGACAAGAAGCUGCGCUAG